AUGGGCACGGUGACAAGAUUCUGGUUACGCUCUUUCCUUCUUCUAAUAUCCUCUUCAUUUUUUUGCGCUGCUCAUGAGCUUCACGACGACGAGCCAGGCGGCCUCAAAGUCUACAGCAUUGCCCUACGCAGGGAAUUCUUCCUGGAGACAAUAUACGCCAACCUGAGCGUCGAUUUGCAGCAAAAUACCUUCAAAUUGAGCACGACAUUUGACUUGGGAAAUUGUUUGUGGAAGGAAACACAUCCAAUAUGCUGCCACCCGCAAUGCACCGGGCCGCUUCCGGAAACCUUUUAUCUGAAUCAAAUCUGGCGUGGCGAGGCGUUUCUGGUGUCGGCCGAUGAAGGAAAUGUUCGCUUUAAGAUUGAUGGCUGUUCGCAAACGAUCGGAGUGGAUGAAGCCGUAGUCGUCGCUCUCCAUAACUAUUGGCCCGAAUGGAUCGUUUGCAUCGCCGGUCCAAAUCUCGUAGCCUCCGUUGAUAUCUGUGAAAAGGCACGCUCGUCAGAGGAAGCUUGUGGCGUGCCAGCGGUGACCUCUCCCGAGACGCCGGUGACAACCUAUGAGAUGUGCCUCGAUUCGGACACGCACGUCGAGGCCAUCCUGGAAUUCAAGGAGCUCGUCGAAAUGCAGUUCUUCAUCAGUCCCAACUAUUUCGGCGGCCCCGAUUCGUUGUUGCUCAACGGCACCACUUGCUCCGGAGAGAGGGGCUGUGGCGGAACCUUGGGCCGGUACACGGUGGCAGGGUUGAUCUACGACACCGAGCAGUACGAGCAACCGUUGAUGGACUUUCGGCUUAAUCUGGACAAUUUGUUGGAGGUGCUCUUCGCGCUGAAUGUCGCGCAGCCGGAGUACGUCGCAAUCAAAGAGGACUGCUCGAUGGCGCUUGUAUGCGAGGAUCGGAAGCCGGCCCUGCUAUUUAUCCUGUGCCCCGAAAAUCCCGAUCCGACCUCGCGGCCCGCGUGCAACAUGUUAUGUUUUGCGGACGCUUGCCUCAACACGGGCCCUCGAAGUUUGAUGCUGCUGCCCAGCAACCUCGAAUUCAAUGGUGAAUGCCGGACCCCGCCUCCUGCGCUCUCGACGGCGGCAACCGUUACGGUCACCGGAACUGUCGGAACGCCAUCGACCACAAUCGGAGCUGCUAACAUCACAACAACGACAACCACAGCAACAACGCUCAAGCCGACAACGACCCCGUGUGACUGGUGCUUCCCCAACGGGACCGUGCUGCCGCUGCCCGAGCUGGCGAAUCAAACCAUCAACUCCAGUAACGUGGACGCCAUCCUCGAGGCGACUUUAAGCUACGCGGACCUCGGAACCGACCUCAAGGGCUCGCAACUCAUUUUUCUUGCCGACAUUUUGGUGAAAAGUGCCAGCCUGCCGAAUUUGAAGCCGCAGACAACCUCGCUGAUCUUGAAAAACAUCGAUGGCAUUCUGUCCGCCUCGGAGACGGCAUUUGACAAGGAAACGGACGAAGCGGCGGUUAGAAUUCUAAACGCCACCCAUCUGGCCAGCGUCAACGCCGACCAUGACAUCAGCUUCCUGGAUGGCUCCAACAUCGGAUUCGCCAGUGCACGGCUGCGCGAAGCUUUGAAUUGUAGCUCUCAGGCGCUGGUUGACAAAGGCGAUUUCUUUGAGCACGCCGUGGACCCGAUAGGUGGUGGCGGGAAUUCCGAUGCGAUUCAAAUGCCCCAGAAAUUUUUGUGUAGCGGAGAGGCCACCCACUCCACUCUAACGAUCAUCCGAAGUCGCAAAGCGUUCGUCGGCCAAGAGUACAACGUCAUAAAGCGGAAGAUUAAUCCGAUCGCUGCUAUGGCUCGGCUGAGAAAUUUCGAAUCCGAUGGUCCAGGCUCGGUGCGACCCGCUCCGGAUCCAUGCGAUCGCCAGCAGUACAUGCAGGAUGAAGGCAGCGUCUUCAGCGCAAGCGCCAUCGAUGCUUCGGAUCCACAACGACUACGCUACAUUACGCGCACCACGAUAGAUGGCGAAGCGCAGACGCACGCCAAUAUCAGGAUCAAUAUUUCUGGGAACCUCCGCCCUCUCCAUGGCAAGUACAAAGUGACGUGGUGGAACUAUAACUCCAAGGAGUGGUCGGGCGACGAAGACUGUAAAAUCACCACCAAUUCCGAUGGGAAACUGAUUGCACAGUGCACACAUUUGACCGACUUUACCUUGUUGGUGGAUGGCCUCGUGAAAGACCCGUGUCUUUGCGACAAGCCGUUGAUGAUUAUUGGCUACAUCAUUUCAUCGCUUUCAAUAGUUUGCCUAUUUAUUCUCGUUGCCGUCUCUGCAGUUGCAUAUUUCCACUCCCUCCGCCGUUUCUACCUGUUCCGGAAGGUCGCCGGUUCCACACUAAAUCGACGGAACAACCUGACACUCCUCUACAAUUUCACCCUCUUCCUUUUCUACCUCUUCUUUACCCUGUUCUCUGACCAAAAGGUUUCCGGCGAGGCUUGUGAUGUUUUUGGGGCGCUGACAUACGUCUUGCUUAUGAGCUGCAUCUUCCUCACUAUCUUUCAAGCCCUGAAGACCGUCAGCCUCUUCUAUUCGGAUCGCGAGAUUCUCGGCAAAAUUUUGGCCCUGACAAGAAGUCCGGCCGUCACAGUCAUUGUCAGCUACGGAGCCCCAACCGUUCUUACAAUAUUCCUCUUCAUGAUGACCAACUUUUUCCAGCGUCAGGAUCAGUUUUGCUGGAUCCGGAGCGACUACAUCAUCUACGGGAUGGUGAUACCGCUCACAAUCCUGAUUUUGAACGCCCUGUUCUGUUCGUUUAUGGUUGCCAAGCGGCUGUUUGCGCGCGGCGAGAGCUCGAGGAUCAUGCUAUCCAAGCACCAUUUCCGUCAGCGUGUCUUCACGAUUCUUUUGAUGCAAUUGACCCUCGGGACUCCUUGGGUGCUUCAAUACCUCGCCAUAUUCGCGCCCGAGACGACGGCGUGGCACUACCUGUUCACGAUCAUCAACGGCAGCCAGGGCGUGCUGAUCUUUCUGCUGUGGCUGUACCGGAGGUGGCGGCAGCAGAAAACAGCCACCCCCGUUGUCUCACAAACGACUCCCCUCGGCAGCAACGAUUCUCAGGCGGCCUGCAUCAUCGAAAUCAACAGCUCGACCAAGACGACAAUUCCAACCACAACUCUCGGUAGUUAUGCUUCGGCCACUUCCGGUUCUAAUAGUGCGGCCGCACCGCCCGGCUCGACGCCAGGUAAGCAUCAGCUCCACGACAAGAACAACGACGACAAGUACGGCGAGUUCAACGAGUACGACGAGUCCAACGAGUACGACGAGUCCAACGAGUACGAUGAGUACGACGCGUCCAACGAGUACGAUGAGUUCAACGAAGACGCUACCAACAAGUUCGGGAAGCUCAACUGCGAGUGCGACGCAAGGAUCGAGUCAUACCUCGGCUACCAUGGCUUCCACGACUGCAACGUCGUC